AACUUUGUCUGUUCCUUCUAACUUUUUAGUGAAGUGCAGUUUACUAUUUCAACGUGUACCUUUACAGCUAUAUAUGCAGGAGGACAUUGGCACAGUGUCCAGCACACAGAGUUUAAAGUCCUAGCUGGAAUCUCACUUUUAGGACUUAAAAAUUUAGAAGUCUGAUGUUACAGACUAGAUGACUGGUGAAGUAAGAAGCUUUGAACAGAUUUGUGGAGUUGUUUUGUUGUUGUAAAUCAGGUGUUCAAGUGUGUAAAAGGAUUUUAGGCCAAGCUGAUCAAUGCUUGGCAGAUUUAUUAUGGCCCUAGAGGUUUGCAGUCAGUCAGGGGUGACUGGAUGCAGUGAUCGAGAGGGAAGUAAACAAAACCAGCUCUCUGUGUUCUGUCCUGUUCCUGGUACAGUGCUAGAAUGCAGUUCUGCAGUCAGUCUGAUCAUAUGACUCCUUGGUCUGAUCUAUUUUCUGUGGAUUCAACUGAGAAUGGGGGCCUAUAUUUAUCUACUAGUUUAUUCUUUGAACUGUGUUAGCCUGUUGGAACCAUAUUAUUCACUGGAUUUGAUAGAUUGUAAGACUGGAGUCAAGAGGAUGCUUUCAUUUUGGACUUUGAAGGGAAUCGUGUCAAGUUCUUGUGUUGACCAUGACAUUUAUAAGCACUGUAUAGUAAUAUUAGGACAAGCCCUGUAGUGUUAGAUGCAGGCCUAUAUCAAUGCCUUGGACUCCUUCUGUUGGAUACAUGUAUGUCACUCACAAGUUUUGAUUAGGAUCGAGGGUGGAAUAAUUGUGAAAUUGGAUCUGCAUGCACAUCCAUGGUUUUAAACACAUCAGAUCAAAUUGGACAUACCAAAGGCAUGCAAGGUUCUAACCAAACCAACAAUGUGAUGUUGAUGAAUGCUGCAAUUAAAACAAUUAACUCAUAUGAUUUCAUUGAUUAUGUUUAACUGGCAAAAAGAAUGCUUUGAACAUCUGUGCCACCAUAGUUCAUGAAUCGUGAUUGAAUAGUGUGUACUUUGUAAAUCAGGGAAAACAUUGGAAAUUGAUCUGUGACGUUAGAUAAGUGUUUGCACAGUUUUUGCAUGCAUACCGUACUGUAUAUUUGUGAAGCGUCACAUGAUAAAAUUUUUAUUCUAAUCUAAAAACAGAAGAGGACCAUUCUAAGCAUCAUCUGCAUGUCUAUGGAGUUGUUUUUUGUCUGUUAAUUGCUCCAUUUGGCUCUGACUGUUGCAUCAAUCGUUUAGCAUUGAACAAAUACUUACUACUCCUCUGACAGCUAGUAGUUUAUCAAUGAUCAUGUCGUCUCAGAGGCUCGGCACACAUGGUGGUAUUGACCUUUCAACCCGGGGGUCAACGAUCAUCAUGGCCAGUCAGAUCAGGAAGAUGAUCCUCAAUGAGGGGGAACAUAAAAACACAACUCUCUACAGACUUAAAAAAGGAUGGACACUGCACUUCCAGCUAGGCCCAUCCCUACAGGCAAGGAAUGUGAACGUCUUCACCAACCAUCCCCCCACAGGUUCAGGGAAACCCUUCAGCCGUAAGGAGUUCUACCAAGUCGGUUGGGAGAUGGCAUCCCAAUCGCAGUGUGAUACAUCAGAGAGAUUCUGUAAGGUGGAGCUGGGCCUUGCAGGAGCAUUUCAGUAUUACUUCACUAUCGAUAACAGUACCAAGGAGGAAGGCUCUGGGUUCUUCUUGGUAGACCCUGUCCUCACCAUUGCUUCAGAAACAGACAUCCUUCCUCUGGACUGCAUCACUGCACAGACAGUACUCACCAAGAGCCUUGGUCCAUUCUCUACCUGGGAGGAUCGCCUGAGAGUCAGCCAUGAGUCCGGUUACAACGUCAUCCACUUCACGCCAAUCCAGGAGCUUGGCGCGUCCAACUCCUCCUACUCCAUCCGCAACCAGCACGCCAUCAACCCCUCCCUCGAUUGCAACGGUAACAAGGUCACUCUUGCGGAUGUCCAAGGUCUGGUGUCCAAGAUGCAACAGGAGUGGGGCGUCCUCAGCAUAUGCGACGUUGUCUGGAACCACACCUCCUUUGACAGCCCCUGGGUCAAGGAGCAUCCAGAGUGCGCUUACAACGUCCAGAACUCACCGCACCUUCGGCCGGCAUACGUCAUGGAUCGUAUCUUCUCGCAUUUCAGCUCGGAGGUGAUGAAGGGGAAGUGGGAAGGUAUUGGUGUCCCAAAGAUCAUCGACAAUGAGGAACAAUUGCAUAAAAUAAGACAUAUACUGACACAUGAAGUCUUCCCUCAGUACAAGCUGCAAGAGUUCUAUCAAGUAGAUCUUGAGAAAACCAUUGAAGAAUUCAAAGAAAGAUGCAAAGCUUCCAAAGAAGCCACGCCCCAGAUGGAGAGUAAACCUUGGGAGGUGGCUAUCAUCCAGGAUAAAGGAUACAGGAGAUUAGCUAGUACUAUCGAUAUGAACAAAGCCUUGGACAACUUCAAUAUACAGAAGCCUGGAGUCGACGAACCAGAGGCUCGGAUACAGCAAUGCUGCCAGGAUCUCCACAAGCAUCUUGAACGUCUCAACGGCUUGGCUGCCAACGUGAUGGGCGAGGAUACACGACAAGCCAUCGAGAAUCUCAUAUCCAACGUCCGCUAUCAUCAUAUAGAUCCUAGCGGUCCUAAGCUGGUGGAAGUCACCGAGAAAAACCCUCUCGUCAAUGAGUACUUCAAACACCCCGGACCUGCCACCAAUGUCCAAACAGAUGAAGCAUUAAUGGACUCCGCCCAAGCCCCUCUACUCAUGGCGUCCAAUGGAUGGGUCAUGGGGGAUGACCCUCUCAAGAACUUUGCUGAAGCUGGCUCCAAGGUAUAUCUGAGACGAGAGCUCAUCAACUGGGGUGACAGCGUCAAGCUACGAUACGGAAAAGGUCCGGAAGAUUGCCCGUAUCUAUGGCAACACAUGCUGGAGUACACGCAGAAGGUGGUGUCUGUGUUUCAUGGUGUCCGUAUCGAUAACUGCCACAGUACUCCCAUUCAUGUUGCAGAGUAUUUCUUAGAUGAAGGACGUAAGAUUCGACCAGACCUGUACGUGAUGGCUGAGUUGUUUACUGCAUCUGAACACAUUGAUAACAUGUUCAUCAACAGAUUAGGGAUAUCUUCACUAAUACGAGAGGCCAUGAGUGCAUACGACUCACACGAGGAAGGGCGUUUGGUCUACCGUUACGGAGGGGAACCGGUCGGUUCGUUCCUCCAACCAGCAGUGCGCCCUCUACAGCCAAGUAUAGCUCAUGCUCUAUUCAUGGAUGUAACUCAUGACAACCAAUCUCCAGUUCAGGUGCGGUCAGUAUAUGAUCUCUUACCCAGUGCUGCCCUGGUAUCGAUGGCUUGCUGUGCUAUAGGAUCCACCAGAGGGUAUGAUGAGCUGGUCUAUGAGCAGAUCCAUGUUGUGGAUGAGAAGCGAUUUUACACGUCAUGGAACGAGAAACCUAAGGACGGGACAGAGGUGAACUUUGACAAAGGUAUCAUCGGGGCUAAGAGAGCCUUGAAUGAGCUUCAUCAGUCCCUAGGAGAUCAGGGUUAUACACAGGUGUAUGUAGAUCAGGUGGAUGAGAACAUUGUAGCCGUAACACGUCACUGCCCCGUUUCUCACCUCUCUGUCAUCCUGGUCGCCCGCACAGCUUUCAAACAUCCUCAUAACGCACGCUACACGGGACAUAUACCUCCGCUAUGUAUACCUGGAUCCGUUGAAGAGAUCAUCCUGGAGGCGAGGCUCGUCCAGCAGGAUGCGGAGAGUACCCCGCCCUCCUCCUCACACAUCACUGGUCUAUCCAACUACAGUGUCCAGAUGCAGACCCAUGUAACGCUACUCAACAGCGAGGUGUGUGAGCUGCUGGAGCAUGGUAGCCAGGCUCAAGCUUCUCUUCAAGAAAUAGACUUCAUUAACUUCCCUCCUGGCAGUGUUAUCGCAUUCAAAGUUGUACCCCACCCCUCUGCUCGAGCCGCCCUCUCUUCCCUGCGAUCCUGUAUUGCUCAGUUUGGCUACCGUGUCAGAACCCUCAGUGGGACCAGCCCUAUGAGAGCCAACAACAACUCCAGCUUCCACACCCUGGCAGAGAAGCUCUCCCUCACGGACAUGAACCAUGUCCUCUACCGAUGCGAUAACGAGGAGAGGGAUGAUGGGAAGGGGUCAGCGACCUAUGACAUCCCCAAUCAUGGCAAGCUGGUCUACUGCGGCCUGCAAGGUUUCAUGGCGGUGCUCGCAGAUAUCAGAACUAAGAAUGACCUGGGUCAUCCCAUGUGUGAAAACCUGAGACAAGGUGACUGGAUGCCUGGCUAUGUAGCUAACAGACUCAAGCUAAAGCCCGCCACAAAACAGCUUGGUUUAUGGUUUGAGAAAGCAUUCGCACCCCUCACUCAGAUCCCACGCUACCUCAUACCAUGUUACUUCGAUGCUAUAAUGGUUGGAGCUUACACAGUUAUACUGGACUUGGCAUGGAAGACUAUGAACUUAUUUGUAUCCGAUGGAUCUUCCUUUGUGCGAUUCCUUGCUCUUGGCUCGGUUCAGAUGUGCGGUAUCGUGAAGACCUCACCCCUGCCUGUCAUGUCGCCGUCCCUAGAGGGCGUACCGACAGCUCUAGACGAGGAGACGGGGAAGUACAUCCAGAGCUCCCCCACCAUGUCGGCCGGGCUUCCUCACUUCUCCAGUGGUUUCAUGCGAUGCUGGGGAAGGGACACGUUCCUCGCUCUACCAGGAUUGCUGCUUGUGACAGGGAGAGCAGAUGAGGCAAAGCACCUGAUCCUUGCCUUCGCUGGCACCCUACGUCAUGGGCUCAUCCCCAACCUCCUUGGAGGCGGGGACCACGCCCGGUUUAACUGCCGGGAUGCGGUCUGGUUCUGGCUCUACUGCAUCCAGCUCUAUACCAAGACUGUGAAAGAUGGCAUCUCUAUCCUGGAAGCCCCUGUCUCUAGGAUCUUCCCCUCUGAUGAUGCUGACCCGCAUCCUCCCGGCUUUGCGGACCAACCACUAAGUGAAGUAAUACAAGAAGCAAUGCAGAGACAUGCCGAGGGAGUGAGCUACAGAGAGAGACAUGCUGGGCAAGGGCUCGACAGGAACAUGACAGACCAAGGCUUCAAUGUAACGCAUGGUGUAGAUCACAAUACCGGCUUCCCGUUCGGAGGAAGUGAGUGGAAUUGUGGGACAUGGAUGGACAAGGUCGGAGACUCGGAGAUUGGAGGCAAUAGAGGGCUCCCUGCCACACCAAGGGAUGGAUCACCGGUAGAGAUAGUAGGUCUAUGCAAGGCAGCAGUGAGGUGGCUAGCAGCACUGCAUAAAGAAGGGAAAUUCCCUCAUGAUGGAGUUACUGUAAGGAUAGAAGGAAAGCAAGCUCAGCUGACAUACUGGGAAUGGGAUCACAAGCUGCAAGCCAACUUUGAGAAGCAUUUCUGGAUUGCUUCCGAUGCGGACAAGACGUCCAACAAGCUUAUCAACAGGCGUGGUAUGUACAAGGACAGCGUGGGAGCAACACACUUCUGGGGAGACUUCCAGCUGAGACCCAACUUCCCUAUCGCCAUGGUCGCGGCCCCCGAGUUGUUCACUCCCGGUAACGCAUGGACUGCUCUGAGCCUGGUACAGAAGGAACUACUAGGUCCUCUAGGAAUGAAGACAUUAGACCCUAGUGACUGGGCAUAUGAAGGAGUCUAUGACAAUUCCUAUGAUGGUCCUAACAAGAAGACUGCCAGAGGUUGGAACUAUCAUCAGGGACCAGAAUGGGUAUGGCCCCUCGGCUAUUUCCUACGAGCCAAGCUCCACUUUGCGCGAAUCCUCCCCGAUGCUCCAGCCGAUACCUUUGAAAGCACCGUGCAGUUCAUCCGCAAGACUCUCAUCCGUCAUCACGAGGAGAUCAUGUCGUCGCCAUGGCGAGGGCUGCCUGAGCUGACCAAUAAGAACGGGGCCCCCUGCGGAGAUAGUUGCCCCACCCAGGCCUGGUCCAUGGGCUGUCUCCUGGAACUGAUGUUGGACCUAGACCAGGCACUCAAGCAAUAGACCUGGUCCUAACAGGCUAUCAUCUAAAUCUAGAAUGCUGGACUAAGACCAGGUCCCUGAUCGUUAGGAACAGGACUUGGACCUAGACCAGGCCCUCAAGCAAUAGACCUGGUCCUCACAGGCUAUCAUCUGAAAUCUAGAAUGCUGGACUAAGACCAGGUUCCUGAUCAUUAGGAACAGGACUUGGUGCAUCAGGCUCAGAAUGGAAUCCACACCUUGGUUAUAUCUGGAGGUCAAACAAGAAUUUCAAAGCGGCUCUGAUUGAAUAUACUCUCAAACGAGGUACAGCUGGAGAGAAGACAGAGCAAUACCUCGGUCUAGCUUGAUAUGUACUGCAUUUAUAUAUUGUAGUACCAAAGUGCAGGUUUUGAUGUGCAUGGUGUUGCUAUAGUUCACUCGUACCAUAUUCAGUGCAAAAAUUCCUGUUUCUACAAAGCACACUCAUAACUCUGAAACAUAUGGUCUGUUGAGAGCCAGAAGGGCAUUAACUCAAAUAAGUUUACACAGAAUUAACGCCCUUCUCGCUCCAAAUAGAGGAUAUGAAGAUAGCCUGAAGUUUCAAUACACAUGUUCAAGUAGUGAGUGACGUAUAGAUACAAUCGAUCCCAUCUGACAUUACUCAAGAGAAGGGUUUAUGUCGUGUCUCAGCUGGCUUAUCAUUUGAAAUAUUCAACUACAGUAUCAUGGACACAACUCUCUACGGGGUCAGCAACUAUUGAUUACAAGAAUUAAAAUGCUUCCAGUCUAAAAAGAAUUCAGAAGAACUCAUUAAAUUUGGUGACAUUUUUAUUUUCUGUUGUCUUUUGUUAUGGUGCUUUUGAGAUGUAAGUCAAACUUUACAUUCUGAAAUAGUUAAUUUACUUAAACGAAAUCAAAAUACAUUGAUGUUAACUUGUGCAGCUUGUGAUUUCAGAGCGUCUGUUUGAUUUUUUUCUUAAACACUAAAGAAUCCAGUCCUCUAGUUUAAUAAUCAUAAUAGCUUUAAUCCAAUUAAGGUGCAUUAAUUGUUAUAAAAUAAAAUAUUUCAUGAACUAUAUAUAUAUAUAUAUGUUGUGUUUAAUAACAAACUAAUUGUAGUAAAGUAAAGUAGUAGAAGUAGAGCAGUGGUCUUGUAACCAGGAGGUCCCGGGUUCAAUACCAAGUCAAUAUGAGAGUGCCCUUUGGUAAGGCAUUUAUCCUCAUUACCAAGUCCCUCGGAGAUGACUUAGAGCCGUCGGUCCCCUGGUUGCUUAUGUACAAGCAUACACAUCCCUUACUUAGCAGUCGGGUUAAAAAAAAAUGCUAGAUUAAGCUCCUUCCGUGACAUUGUAGGCAGCUUUAAGAGAAAGACAAAACCAGUUAAUUUGUAAAUGAAACAGCAAGUUGGGGUGAGAAGAGAUUGUCUGCACUUAACAAUGGCACUGUCUAUAUUUCUGAUCUGUAUGUAGAAAGAUCCAGCUUUGUGACGCAAACGUUAAAGGUCGAUGAACAAAAUGUGUAAUUUUUGUAUGAAAUGUAACUUAUCAUCUUCCUUCUACUGUACUUACCCUCUAUCAUGCAAAAAAUCCUGAAAAAAUUCUCAAACAAAGAUAUAUGUGGUUUUCUUUGAAGGCGCCAAUGUCCAACCCCCUCUUACAGUAAAUUCUCCCAACCAAUUUUUGUAUUUUCCCAACCCUUUUUCCAUCAAAAUAUGACAUAAAAAAAAGGCUUUUAAAAUGUUUUCAACCCUUAAAUAUUUGGAAUGGUAUAUGGAGCCAAUUCAUUGCUUUGUGAGAAUUUACAUUCACCUAAAAUUUAAUUAGAUUAUAAUAAUAUAGUCAGAGAUUUUAGGAAUCAAUCAGAUCAAUUUUUCUUUAUUUUUAAUUUUUAAUUAUGGUCUGUUUUCACUCAAACUUUCAGAUUAUCUUAAAUUGUACAUCUAGCAUUGAAGUCACUACCUUAGCACCCUUUUCUCUCAUUUGAACAAUGUUACCAAGUCCCUUUAAGAUGACAGGUUUUUAUCAGUAUCAUCUUGAUGUACGAAGUGUAUUCAUUGAUAUAUGUGUGUGUGUUGCAUGAUAGCGGCCAAGAGCUACAUGUAAUGUGCACAUUAUUGUAUUUUGACUUGAUUAUAAUAAUAAUAGUGGCUAAUUGUGUAGCGCACAGGUCCACCUUUUUGGUGCUCACGGUGCUUGAAAUCAUGAAUCAUGAAAUUCAAAAUAAGUGUACAAAGCCUGCUUCAGCUCCAUAAACUACAAAAUACAUGUAUUAUAUCGUAUGUUUGGAACACAGAGUUAACACCCUUCUGGCUCUGAACAGACUGUAUGUUUGUAUUGGAAUAUUGUCCUAAAUGAUGACCAUUCUAAAGUUCAAAUACACUACUGCUUUUAUUACUAAUCAGUAAAAUCAUGGAUAUUUGUUAUGUAGCAUGAGAUUGGAAUCCUGUAUGUCUUUUACACUAUAGCUAAUUUACACUUUGGAAAAAUCUCUAUUUCCGAUCAAAUCCUUUUACCUCAACGAGUAUAGUAUUAGACAAGUACACUCAGUUCAUAUUCACUUUAUCAUUAUCAAUUAAUUACUUUGAAGAUAUAUGCAAGCAUAUUUAUUUCAUGUUUAUAUUAAAGUUUAAUAAUAUCUCAGUUCUCUCACUCUAACCAUGUGUUAAAUCUGGAAUGAUUUUAGUAUUCAUUCAUUCAUUCAUUUCUAAAUAGGAAUUGUAUCCCAAUGUCUUUUGAAUCUUAAACAUGUGUUAAUUUCUGUUCAUGAUGGUACAGGUUGUUUAUUAUGUGAUGUAAGUUAUAAUAUUAAGUCUAGGUCAAGCCUCAAAUUAUUUGUUAAAUUGCAUCCAUAUGCACGUAACUUGCGAAGAAUACAGGACAAGCUGCUUCUAAAGCUACCUCACACGAAGAAAAAAAAUAACUCUAUCAGUUACGUCCUCCAAGUCUUUGGCCUAACCUUCCACUAGACAUAAGAAAAGCCUUAUCUGUUGCUGUCUUCAAAUUUUUGUUGAAGACACACUUGUUUCCAGGAUUUUUUUUGGUACUUUUUUUGUAUUGUGCAACUGUAAAGUAGCACUUUUGGGAGUUUUUUUUAUCACGGCGGAGUAGAGUUUAUUUAUAUACUAGGUGAGCUUUCUGUAAUGGAGAAAUUAAUUCCUGUAAUGCACUUUCCUAUGUGAUUUGUGUUUAAUAAUGCUUUGCAUAAAAUGUAGAUCAGUA